UCGUUGUUGGACGAAAAUAAGGUAUAACCGUUGUUCCAGGAUUGGAGACCAUCAAUAACUGUGCGCGAAUUGCUCUUAGGCAUUCAAGAUUUAUUGGACAGUCCGAACAUUGAGGAUCCUGCCCAAGCGGACGCAUACCAGAUAUACUGUCAGAAUCGCGUUGAAUACGAGAAGAGGGUUCGACGUCAAGCACGUCAAUUUGCCGUAGAAGUUGUCAGUCCAGCAAUGAACGGUGGCGACGCACCACACUAG